GAAAAAUGAUCUGCUGGAAAUUGGAGAUGUUCUGAGAUCGCCGCCGCCGCCGCCGCCGCCGCCUCUGUCUGGGCCACCUAUGCUGCGCGCCGCCGCGGACCCUCCCCUGGGGUGAGGCCGGAGAUUCGCGGGAGAAAUUCCACGCCGCGCCUCCCUCGUCGCCCUGCUCGUCCGCACAAGGCUUUGGUGGGUCUCUGUUCUCAAACCCUAGCUGCUGCUAGCGCGAAGGCUGCGGCUUCAUACCCUCGUGUUGGAGUUUCGGGUAGCCACCCGCACGUCGAGCCGUCGCCAACGUUCUCUCUGCUCGGCAUAGAUGGAUAGGGAAAGGAAGGAGCUGAGGAAGAGGAGGACAUCGGGCCAAUUGAGGUCUCCUGAACUUAAGAGGCUGAAGCAACGUAACCCUUAUGUUGCUGCUAGAUCUACCUCUCCUGACUGCAAAUUCUGGGACAACAGACAAAAAGAGCUAUAUGAUCAGAUCUGUGGUGAGAAGAAAGUGUUUAAGCAUAGAUUUGUGGAGUGGUCAGAUAUAUCUGAUGCUGAAGCAUGCCCUUUUGAUUUGUCCACCAAGUAUGAGGAUCUUGGGCUCAAAGGUCUAACUAGUAACAAUUCAUCUUGGGUUUGGAACGAAGACGUCGUGAGACAGUUUUAUGGCACCCUUUACAUUGAUCCUGAUCGCAGGGAAAUGCAUUUCAUGAUAGGCUCACAGCAUUAUUUUGCUACCAAGGAAGAUCUUGAACAGGCCUUGCUAAUUGAGCCUAGAGCUGACAGCCUUGUUUUGCAUGCACGGGAUGAUCUUGAUGUUUAUUCUCUCUUUCGAGUACCUAAUCCUGACAUUGGUCUAGUUAGAGAUCUUAAAACUGAAGUUGAUCUCAUCCAAAGGAUAAACCGACAUACAAUUUAUCCUAAAUCAGGAAAUCGGGGUGGAUGCACCACCAUGCUUCUCAGGCUUGCCUAUGCCAUUUACCACGGAAAGCAGUUUGACAUUGCUCAUUUCCUCCUCAGUGAGAUGUGUGAGGCCAUUGAUACUCUUAAUCAUGCAUUACCAUAUGCACCUUAUAUAUUUUGCCUUCUCCGCCAUCUGAAAUGUGAACCUACAAACAUUGACACCAAAUGCUGCCUCAAGAAGUACACCCUGUACCUUGCAAGCUUGAAUCGUGAACAACGUGCUGCCUCAGCUGAGCAUGAAGUUAUAGAGGUGCAACACCAGCAGCCAAUGUCCUAUUCUCAUCAGCCACCGCAACCAGUUAGUCCUGAUUCAACGGUUGCCAGCAAUGCUCAACUUUCAAAACUGAUAGAGGGGUUGCAUGAGAAAGUUGUUAAAGGAUUCGAUGCAAUUGAGAAGAGACUUUACACAAUGGAGGUUCUCUUCUCAGUCUUGUCUUCAGAAGUUAGUGAGAUGAAAGCUUGUAUGCUUGAUCCUUGUCAUCCGCUGAACGGCGACAAACAAAAAAGGGCACAAACUGAAGCUCAUCAAGGUGGUGAUGGUUCUUCUGCAGCAGCUGAUCCAUAGCUUGCAUACCUGUCUUUGCUAGACCUGGCUAACUCUCUUAUGUCAGCAGAAGAGUUUAUGUUGUACCCUGUUUUCGGUAGUGACAGGGAAACUAGUACUUCUGGUGAUAUAUCUUGAGCUACCCUGUUUUUGGUUUGUUUUUGUGGUUAUAUUUCUUUGUUAUAGUGACAGGGGCACUACUUCUUCUGCUGGUAAAUUUAAUAAACUAGAUGAUACCCCGUGCGUUGCUGCGGGAAUCAGUUGCAAUA